AUGUUAACCUACUUAAGGUUGGCAGCGCUGCAGUGAUUUCAAACACUGGUUAACCGCGUUCAUUUAAGUUUUGUAAACAAAUGUUCGGUUAUCCUGUAUGGACAUGGAAAACGUGUGCUCUGCAGUAAAAUACUUUUCAAGACUUUCAGGUGCAGGAUACAAGUACGUAGCAACAGAAUUUGACAAGAAACUUGAAGAACUAUCAGAAAAAGAGACUGGUCUGAGUGAUGUUGAAAUUACUAUCCUCCUCCGUGUUUUAACAAGAGCCACACUUUGAGGAGCUGACUGCAGUUCAUGAACAGCUGAAGAUGCUUCUGGCCAUGCUCAGUUAUCUUCAUGCUGCUGCCUCAGGGUGUAGCAGUUAUGGAUAAUACGGCGCAUCACACGGGACAUCUCAGGUGUCUCUCAUUUCAUCCAUGGACUCUGAUCCAGACACAGUGAUCUGAUAUGAGGGAUCCGCCCCCACCACAAGCUAUAAAGCGUUUCCAAAAACUUCUGCAUUGUGUUGUGCCGGAGACAACUAUGCAGAAAGAACACAUACAAACUGUUGUUGUCUGGAUGCUCAUGAAACACGUAUCUGAACCACCUAAAAAGAGUGUUGCUGUCCUCCAGUGGCUCAUUGCUUUGCUGGAGAAUGAGCUCGCAGACAGACAAAUGAUUCGCAGCUUUUACCAUCAAAUUUAUUUUCUAACAUUUAUUGAAAGUCUGGCACGGUGGGCUUCUAAAAUUAUAUAUCUGUUGACUACACCAGAUGACAUCACGAGAGUGAGGGUUGUAAGAUUAUUGAGCAGCCGGCUCAAACAGCCACGAGCACACCACUUCGAAGCUUUACUUGGCUUAUUUAAGUCUUUUCGUCCAGAACUUAUACCAGAACGUGUUUCGACUGUAAAUACACAUACAGCCUUUGGAAGAAUCCCUGCUAAGCUGUCAGAGGCUGUAAAUAAGCGCAUUAGUAUACACAGAGCAGGUGUUGCAGACCCAAGGAAAGAAAUUAAUCAUCAAACAGAUGCAGAACACGUCACACUGGAUGAUGACAGUUCUGACAAUGAAUCCAGUUAUCCUAUUCAAAAGGUUAAGAGGAAGAGGGAAAGUGAUAGUCUUAUUCCACCACCAGUGUACAUCUCUGUAGGAUCAAAAAGCUAUAGCAACAGGGGAGAGUUAACAGUGGACUAUUUCAGAUCGUUGGAGCCUUUGGCACGUUUUGAGCUGUCAGUGGAGACACCUAAUGUGACAAUAUCAUUGCUUCGGAGUGAACUGGGCAGACAUAUGCUAACGUUUCACCAGAAUACUCUCCUUUUUUGCUUCAGUUAUCAACUCCACAACAUACUUGAUGAAGUGUUUCUGAAGUGUCGAAGAACAUACCCGCUCCAGGAGAAACGACUACUGCUGAAAAACAUGGCAGCUCUUCAGGAUUACGCACAUCAACCACUAUCUGUUGUGUCCUUAUUUGUGAAGGAGUACCUUUUCUUAUGGGAAAGUGGACUAUUUGUGAAACAGGUUCUGAAGCUGAUGUACUGGCUGCAAUUCAGUUCCCACACAGAAUUGCAGCAAGAUUAUCUGUCACCCCUCUAUAAUUUGUUUAUGUCAUCAUCGGUGAAAGUAAAGUGUGCAAUCAUCAGGACUUUAGCACAGCUUUUCUCAAACUUGAUGCUUGCUCGGCAUUACAGAGACCAUUGUGACUUGUUUUUACAUGUAACUCCUGAAUGGAAUCCUAAAAGAACUUACGUGUGCAUUCUGAAGUUUGCGUCAUACAUGUUUGGCCAAGGGUUUUCUCAAGAAGAGUCCACAGCGAUUUUACUGCCUGAAGUCCUCAUGUUCUAUGAGAAGGUGCUGACUGCCAUAGAAGUAACACACACCCAACUGUGUGUCUUACCACCACUUGGUCUACUUUUAGGAGCACUCUCAAGCUAUGAUGGCACAGUUCUGUCAAGAGUUUGUCAGCUGCUCACAAGAUGCAAUAGUGCUGUCACAGAAAAAUCUUCGCCAGAGAUGAAGGAAUAUUUUGAGGAAGUGUCACAAACUUUGAAACAAUAUAAUGCUGAAAUGCACCAUACACUCAAAGGAGGUAUUUUUCCAGCAGAUGGUGGGAUCUUCAGCAAAUGGAUAAAAAGGGCAAAUUUUAAAACGUUCUCAGUGAAACCAAUCAUUCUGGAAGUUAGACAGCAUCCAGCAAUAACUUCUGUUAUGUGGCCUAUUCUGAACCAGCAGUCUGCAGAACCUCAGGAUGAUUUGUCUACAUUACGGAAUCACUUGCCUUAUGUAUACAAUUACUUAAUGAAGCCAUAGGAAAAGUUUGUCUUCAUACAAGCUGCUUUUAUUGAAGAGUCACAUCUGUGUGGAGCCCAGAAUGUGCUUGUGACUGACAUGCAUUUGUGCAUGCAACUUCUGCAAUACUGUUGUAUGCUACAUUAGUGUGUUUGUGUAAGACAAUCAUGUGAAAAAGACAUGCUGCAAUAAUGAAUUAUGCUUUGGAAAAUAUCAUCUUGGGACUAUAUAUGAUAGUGGUUUCACAUAAAUAUUUAAUAGUUGACAAAGUUAAGAACAUCGUUUUAAUCUAAAAUUGUAACUGCAAAAAUGACCAAUAUGGUUACUUUACUUCAAGUAAUAUUUAUUCAUGUGCAUAUGAGGCUAUGAAACUUGGCUUGUCCCAUCUUAUACUCUUGUGAUGAUGAUGUGUUCUGUAUUAGUGUGGUAUAGGAUUCAUUUUUGUAGACAGUCAUGUGAAAAAAGGUCUGUUAACUACAUGGAAAUAUUACUUUAAUUACCUGACUGUUUUGCAACUGUCAUUUGGAUUCCAUGUGGAUAGAGCUUUUACAUAAAAUACUCAGUAGUUGACAAUGUUAAGCUCAUGAUUUUAAAUUAAAAUUUUUAUCUACAGAGUAAAAUUUAUUCAUGUACAUACGAGAUGAACUAAGUAAGCUUGUCAUGUCCUGUUUUAUACUUGCUUCAUAAUCAGCGAUUUCAUUUACCUAAAAUGUGUCGUUUCUUAUUUUUGCUACAAAUUUAAUAAUUUUAUAGGCAUUGUGAAGUGAAAAUAUUUUAUAAAGCACUUGCAAAUUAAUGUUGUCAAUGUAAAAUAGCUUGUUGGAUUUAUAACGUGUGAUCAGUGGAUGUUUAAAUAGAAAUCCUAGAAAAGUGAAUGACACUGCUGUACCGAAGGCUCGUAAUAAGACAAUCCAAUAAAAACUAUUUCAAUACUGUAAAA